GAAUGGCGGGAACAUGUGAAGGAUGUCACUUCUGGACGUUCCGUUUAUUUGAACGUUGACUUGAGAUUUGGGUGUAAGUUGUCUCGUGUAAUCUUACUGGGAGUCGGAUCAUGCUUGUUUUGUUGUGUUAGUUGCUGAUCGACCACAUACUAACAACAGUGAACUCCCCCCUCACUCCAAAAGGACAAGAUCACUUUGGAGCGUAUCCAACGGCGAGCCACGAAAUCAGUUCGCGGACUCAAAUCUAAGCCUUACGAAGAACGCCUCCAUUCACUAGACCUUUACCCAUUAGAGUAUAGGCGUCUUAGAGGUGAUUUAUUAAUGGCUUAUAGUAUUCUUAACACUUCUGGACAUCCUCUUAAACACCUACUCAAGCUUAGUUCGAAUAAUAACCUAAGGGGUAACACCCAGAAACUGGAAACUCAAUAUAGCAAGACGGGAUGUAGACACAACUUCUACUCCUUAAGAGUUGUCAAAAGCUGGAAUUCGCUGCCCGCCGAGCUAGUCCAAGCGACUUCUCAGGAGUCCUUCAAGAGGCAACUUGACCUAUUCUUAAGGACCAAGGACAGUAUCAUACUAUGAUUUACCAAUUUCUUUUCCUCUUUUAUUCUUAACAUACCUAGGUUCCUGCCUGGAGGAUUUGGUGAUCCCCUGCUACUAGACACGGAAGCCUGUUAAGCGAAAGCUUCUUCUAUUCCGUCCACAACCAUUUGAACUCGACACCCUUCAGUGCAGUCAUAAUGGAUCAACCUUUAUUUUCUUGCACAAAAUGCCUGCAAAAUUUCCCACAGUCUGAGAUGUCCAGGUCUGGACAAGCAUGCAAAAGGUGCAGUCCUCACCACUCCACAUUCAAACAGUGCGAAUAUUGCAAAUCUGACUUUAAAUACCAUGUUUGCGGCGGUAUCUGCCCUCACUGUCAAUCUCUUAAAAGCAAGUAUGGCGAGCCUCAGUCUUGUUCCAUAUGCAAUUUAAAAACUGCUUUUGGCAGUGCUUUGGUUUGUCAGAGGUGCUUACACUACAGAAACAGAUUCGGUGAGCCACGCCAGUGUCAUUCUUGUGGGAAUACGUGUGCCUUUUUAAAAGAUGAGGCCAGCCGAGAGAAAGUUGAUGGACAGAUUCUUUGUUGGGUGUGUACAUACAAUUUUAAAUUAGCUCGAUCUAAAGAACGCUCUAUUCAUGGAUUCAACAAACGUCGACAUGAUGGUUAUCAGCCUUCAACUGCAAACCGUUCGAGAUCAAGUCAUAACUCUCUUAAAAAGACUUAUACCGAUGGGUUUGGAACAAGGCAAAUUGACACGCAGAUGCAUGCACAACAGGCUUUAACUACUCAAGCACUAAGCUUAGAUUCUGUGUACAAUGAACACCUACUUACUAUAAGCCAGUUACAAGAUGAGAUCAAAUCACUCAAACGUCAAUUAACACUUAAAGACUCUGACUUGUUAACCAAAGAUCGUACAAUAGCGGAAUUACGCUCUGAAAUGAUUGAAAUAAAAUCAAUGAAUGAAGAUCGUGUCCGAAAAAUAAAAUCAGCCGCACAGCUUGAACAAGAUCGGCUGCUAGCUACAAUACGUCAGUUACAAAAAGAGAAGGCAAUUAUUAGUCAUAAUAUUAAACGUCGUAAAAUUAAUAAUAAUCUCUCAAAAAUUACAAACCGAAAUUCUUUGUCUUCGACAACUUUAUUCAAUCCAGAUUCACCGCUUAGUUUGGGCUUUGCGAAACGAGUUUCAAAGCCUCCAGUAAUUGAAAGCCAAGAUAAAGAACGCGGAGGCGAGGAAACAUUGUCCUACUCAGAUCGAAUAUCAAAAAAUACACUGGACUCAACAAGUCGUUCAGUGAAAAGACAACUUACACCUGACUGUAUUGGUGUACAAAUUUACGAUGAAGACUCUAACUUAGCACCUCAACGUACAGUUACUUCUGGCGUAAAACAAAACGCAGGUUCACCAGGUAUUACUCCAAGUAUAUCAUCCAAACCUCCUACGGAUGAUGAAGCAUCUCAACCGUAUCAAUAUGAUUCUCAUGAAAUAUCUGGUAAAAACCCUCUUGGGUUGGAUACGCCAUCGGAGUCUGAAAAUGAAACUCCCGACUGAAACUUUUUGUGAACUAUCAAUAUUUUGACUCUUCACUUCUGUUUCACAUAAAAAAAUGUAGACAAUUACUGGGUUUUUUUGUAACACACUACAUCUGCAUUUUAGUAAGACGUUUAAUUUUCAAGUGUUCUGUUUUUAUAACAUCAUUGUCACAUUCAUUUCUGCCUGUGUAUGGUGGAUUGACUCAAUCGUCCACACACUUUCUAUACGGGAGGUAUGACAAUUUUGUUUGUUUUAUUAGUUAGUUUGGGAGGAAGUUAAAUCUAACUUCCCCUAAAUAUAGUGUCAUAUACUUGUAUAUUCAAUUAAAUGUAUUAUGUCUUUUCUGUGUUCUACAAACCAUCUAGAAUAAUUAAUUGUUUGUAUAUUAUCUAGAAACAAAUCAACUUAAAAUAAAUUUAUCAUUUGCAGAUU